GCGGCCGCGGCGCGGUAGUAGCGGCAACGCCUGCGGCGGGAGGCGGGGGAGAGUUUGAAAUAUAGACUGUAUAAAGACUUAAAAGAUGUGGGAUCAAGGUGGACAACCUUGGCAGCAAUGGCCUUUGAACCAACAGCAGUGGAUGCAGUCAUUUCAGCACCAGCAAGAUCCAAGCCAGAUUGACUGGGCUGCAUUAGCUCAAGCAUGGAUUGCUCAGCGAGAAGCCUCAGGGCAACAGAGUGUAGUGGAACAACAAGGAAUGAUGCCAAACGGACAGGAUAUUUCAGGAAUAGAGUCUGGUCCAAACAACCAUAACAAUUUUCAGGGGGAUCCCAACUUCAACAGAAUGUGGCAGCCAGAAUGGGGAAUGCCUCACCAACCCCCUCACCCACCUCCAGAUCAGCAGUGGAUGGCUCCAACCCCAGGUCAAAUGGAAAUUGUUCCUCCAUCUGAAGACAGCAACAGUCAGGACAGUGGGGAAUUUGCUCCUGACAACAGGCAUAUAUUUAACCAGAACAAUCACAACUUUGGGGGACCUCCUGAUAACUUUGCAAUGGGGCCAGUGAACCAGUUUGACUAUCAGCAUGGGGCUGCUUUUGGUCCACCUCAAGGUGGAUUUCAUCCACCUUAUUGGCAGCCAGGACCACCAGGGCCGCCAGGUCCACCAGCACCUCCUGCACCUCCUCAAAAUCGAAGGGAAAGACCCUCAUUCAGAGACCGACAGCGUUCACCUAUUGCGAUGCCUGUGAAGCAGGAGCCUCCACAGAUUGAUGCUGUGAAGCGUAGAACUCUGCCUGCCUGGAUUCGUGAAGGCCUGGAAAAGAUGGAACGAGAAAAACAGAAAAAAUUGGAAAAAGAGAGGAUGGAGCAGCAACGUUCACAGAUGUCUAAAAAAGAAAAAAAGGAAAGUGAGGAGGCUGAAGAAGGGGAUGGCCCACGGUUACCUCAGAAAAGUAAAUUUGACAGUGAUGAGGAAGACGAAGAUGCUGAAAACACAGAAGCUGUAAGCGUUGGGAAAAUCAGCAGGAGUCCAUCCCCAGCUCCUCAAGAGGAGCAAAGUGAACCAGAAAUGACAGAAGAAGAAAAGGAGUAUCAAAUGAUGAUGCUGACAAAAAUGCUGCUGACAGAGAUUCUCUUAGAUGUCACAAACGAAGAAAUUUAUUACGUGGCCAAAGAUGUUCACCGUAAAGCAACUAAAGCUCCUGCAAAACAGCUGGCACAGUCCAGUGCACUGGCUUCCCUCACUGGACUCGGUGGACUGGGUGGUUAUGGAUCAGGAGACAGUGAAGAUGAAAGGAGUGACAGAGGCUCUGAAUCAUCUGAUACUGAUGAUGAGGAAUUACGACACAGAAUCAGGCAAAAACAGGAAGCGUUUUGGAGAAAAGAGAGAGAACAGCAACUACUACUAGAAAAACAGCUAGAAGAAGAAAAGCUACAAAAUGAAAAAGUUUCAAAAGAGAUGAAUGAAUUUAUCAACAAAGAACAAAACAGUAACUCAGCAUCGCAGGAAGCAAAAGAAAUUGAAGCAGAUAUGGUUCAUGAAAAGAAAAGAUCUCCAAAUGCAAUUGCACCUGAUAUAGAACUCAAAAAAGAGGGGAAAGAGAGGACAGGAAGGAGCGGGUCAAGAAGCUCUAGCAGUGGUAGCACUAGCAGCAAUAGCAGAAGCAGUAGCAGUAGCAGCACUGUAUCUAGUUCAUCCUAUAGCACUAGCUCAGGUAGUAGUCGCAGCUCUUCGCGUUCUUCCUCUCCUAAAAGGAAGAAGAGACACAGUCGCAGUAGGACGCCUUCACAUAAAGUUAGGCGCAGCAGAAGCAGGAGUUACUCCCACAGAAAUAGGAGAGAGAGGAGUAGGAGCAGAGAGAAAAUAAGGGAAAGGAGAAGAUCUAGUAGAAAUCGCAGUGCUGAAAGAGGGGAGAGGCGAAGAAAUCGGAGUCCUUCGAGAGAGAGAAGCUGGGAUAGACGUAGAAGUAGUAGCCGUUCAAGAGACAGGCGAGCUAACCGUGCGAGCCGCAGCAGAAGCAGGGAUAGACGUAAAACUGAAGACCAGCGUAGAAGCCCUACUGGAAAUAGGCACAAACAUAAAAGUGAGGGUAAAGAUCAAGAAAGGAAGAAGGAGCAGGGCGGAGGUGUAGACAAAGACAGAAAAAAGAACAGAGAAAGGGAGAGAGAUCAGGAAAAAAGAAAAGAUAAGCCCAAAAAAGAGGAAAAAGAAAGUAAGCCUGGCAAUCAUGACGACAGUAGAUUAAAGAGAAAAAGAGACAGCGAAAGAACUUUCUCUCGCAGUGAUUCAAUAUGUGUGAAAAUAAUAAGACAGGAUUCCAGACAAGAAAGCAAAAAAAUUUCUACCAAAGAUAGCAAAAAACGGUCAGGCUCCGAAUCUAGUGCGAGGAGUAGUUCUGAAUCACCAGGAAGCAGUAAAGAAAAGAAGGCUAAGAAAUCGAAGCAUAUUCGGUCAUGCUCCAUGGAGAAAUCUCAAAGGUCUGGUAAGAAGGCAAGCCGCAAACACAAGUCUAAGUCACGAUCAAGGUAGUAUACUUUUUAAGUAUUUUGUCUGACUUUUUUUUUAUUUUUUGAUAUUCGUCUUCAUGUGUACGGCAUAUGAACUUUUUUUUAAAUAAAGUAUGGUAUUUAUUAAAUUUUUUGUCUUAGGCAAAAGUAACUUUGGAAAAUCUUUUAAAACUAUUAAUUACUAAGCCUAAAGUGUGUGUGGGUUUGGGGGUCUUUUAUUUUUUCCAAUUAACUUUUUACCCCUUUUCCUUUAUUUUUCAGAUCAACGACUCCUCUUCGUCGUAAACGCUGAGGAAUUUAUGGCACCAGUGCUAUGACGUUUAAAAAUUCCAUGAGUUAUUAAAGGCUUGUCUCAUUAUAGAGGCACAUUGUGGCUAUGUAGGUGAAACCGGAAUCCUUUUUUUAUCUGUAAAUAGGUGUAUUUUUUCCAAAUGCUGCUCAGAAUUAAAUACCUAAUAGGAUUUCUUUGUAUUACAUUUUUUCAAGAACGGUAGUGCUUAUUAAGAAUAUAAAACAGGCCAUUCUCUUUCAGCUGUAAUGUUCUUAAAAUUACUAUUGAAUGUACUGUGAUGUCAAUAAAGCUCUUUAGUUCAUUUUUUGUUUAAAAUUCUUGCACCUGAAUUUUGUGUUAAAAUGUAGAAAGUACUUUUUUAAAAAAAAAAAAAAAAGAAAAAGGCAGCUUUUUUGGUAUAAUAAAUUUUUAAAGUCCUUGAAAAAGAUUUUAACGUAAAACACUUGUCAAAAUAUGUAAUCCAUGGACAUGAUGAGAUUAAUCUAUUGGGGGGGGUGGAAGAACAAAGAAAAGACAUCUUAUUUUUUCUUUAGAUAUGUGUAAUAGAUUUUUUAAUAACCUUUUUAUUUGGACUAGCAAGUAAUAUAUGCUGUGUGUGUAAAAUAUGGGUCACUGUAAUACAAGCUAUACUUAAACAGACUGAACCCCAUUAGGAAUAUGUGUGACUAACUGAUCUUGUGUGACAGUGUUAAGCUCUGGAACUAUAUUCCUCACCCAGUUUUCAGAGAGAAGUUUCUGAAUGUUAAGGGAUAUUACAUGAACAAGACUCAGUAUUUUAGAUGUAUUUAUGGAAUAUAUUUAUAAAUGGCACUCAGUACACAUUAGAAAACUGACAACAGGUUAACUUUACAUUUUGGCACACGCAUUAAAUGUGUAGUAAACACUAAAGCUGGUUAUUUUUGUUAGUGUUACGAGAACUGUGAUUCCUGUAAAGCUAAUACAUUGAUUAGACAGCAAUGUAACUAAAUUUUUGUUUUUAAUAUCACCAUGAAGUGAAAGAGGUCACUGAUUACCUCCUUCUUCAGGAAAUGAACUAUUGCUGAUAGUAACAAGAGUGUGAAAUGAUACUAGUUAAAAAAAAACCAAUACACCACCCUAGGCCCUUGACUGUUACAGAAGAACGUUAAUGCAGGAAAAGAUUGGAGAUCUGUGCCUAGAAGGUCUGCUAUGAUACCAGUUGUGAAAAAGAUAAAAGGCUCAACAUCAAAGUAAGAUUUCUUUGAUGGCUGUAUCUUCUAAGAAAAAAAUAUACUAGUACAGGCAACUUGCAGGGCAUGUCUUCAUGAACAGAUUAAUCCAUUUAACUAAAAUUAGAAUUGAGCUAUGCGGCAUUUUUGCCAGUGUAAUUUUUUUCAUAAAUUAGAUGCAGAAGUAAACUGCUUCAGUGCAAAGAAUCACAUUUUAACUAUACAUUUAUUAAGCAAGCUAAUGGCUGGUGAAUACAUGCAUGUUUAUCAAAACACUGUUUACAGAUAAAUAAUUAGUUAAUCAGUUAUAAAUAACAUUCCCCUCCUCCCCCAAUUAAGUCCUUUUACAUAGAGUAAGCAGUCAUACCUUUUAGCAAAAUGAGGCGUUCGCAACACGCUACUUUUACUUGCAUUGGUAUGGAUAUAAAUAACGAUGUAUUGAUCCAAUCUCAGUACACUGUUGGCUCUUGGUAAAAGUGAGGAUUUUUUGAAAAGUAGGUAGCAAAACAUUUCAGAUGUCUUAGAAGGAUGUCUUUUGAGAGAAAGAAACUAGAAUUAAGUUUAAGAAAAGCUAUUGAGGAAUACAGUUUCCAUGAUGCAUUGAAUUUGAUUUUCAGUUCAGAUUUUAUAUUCUCUGUCUAAUAAUAAAAAAGAUUGUGUAUGAAAAGCUUUAUAUACUCUGCCAACAACUGGAAUUCCGUCACUUCCUGUAAAUAUGAAAAUUAUUUUUUGACACAAAUGCACUUAUAUGGGUAGUGACUGUAUGCCAAUAAAAAGAGCAUACGAUC